UUUCUUUUGUUGGUGUAUCAUAAAAUGAAAAUAAUUUUUAUGUUGUUACUGAAUUAUGUAAUGGUGGAUCUUUAUUUGAUUUAUUACAUUCUAAACAAAACAUAUUUUUACCAUGGCUAUAAAGAAUAAAAAUAUGUAAGGAUAUAGCUAAUGGAAUGUAAUAUUUGCAUUCAUUUAAUCCGCCUAUAAUUCAUAGAGAUUUAAAAUCAUUAAAUCUUUUAUUAGAUAUUCCAUAUUAAGAAGAUAUAUUUAACUACAAUAUAAAAAUUGCAGAUUUUGGAUUAUCAAGAGCAUAAUCUCAAAAUAUAAUGACAUCAGUUUUAGGAACAUUU